AUGGCUAUUGGAAAGGAAGGAAACGUCAAAUGGGUCGAUGGACUCCGUGGCAUCGCCUCCACGCUCGUCGUGCUCACGCACAUCGCCCGCGCCUUUGACGGCGACCUCUUCCUGCCCACGAGCGCCGAGGGCGCCCCGCCGCGGUUCCUGCAGUGGCCCUUCGUCCGCCUGCUCGUCCAGGGCCGCAUCGGCGUCACCAUCUUCGCCUUUGUCACCGGCUACGUCUGCGCCCUCAAGCCCAUCAAGCUCUACGCCCAGGGCAGCCAGGACGCCGCCUUCCGGAGCCUGGCCAAGUCGGCCCUGCGGCGGCCCCCGCGCCUCAUCCUGCCCGCCACCCUCGCCACCCUCCUCAUCUGGUUCUUCGCCCAGUUCGGCGUCUUCCAGGUCGCCAAGCGCAGCGACAGCUGGUGGUCCGGCGCCACCAGCCCGGACAUCGUGCCCUACGUCGGCGACUCCAUCCUGAACAUGGCCCACAACAUCAUCCGGACCUGGACCUGGGGCCAGAACGCCUACGACGGGAACCAGUGGACGCUGCUGCCGCUGCUCAAGGGCAGCUUCCAGGUGUACGUCUUCAUCAUUGCCACUGCGUACUGCAAGCCGAGGUACCGGAUGAUGUGCUCGCUGGGCAUGUGGCUGUAUUUCUACGUCGGAUCUGAUUCCGCCUUUGGAAUGCAAUUCUUCUUCGGCGUCUUCCUCUCCGACCUCCAGAACUACCAGCCGGCGAUCCAGUUCCUCUCGGACCGCGCCCGCCUCUGCCGCGUCCUCGCCGUCGUCCUCGUCGCCCUGGGCCUCUUCGUCGCCUCCUACCCGGAGGGCCACGCCGAGUGGCGGCCCUGGUCCGCCUGGCUCCACAGCGUCCUCGUCAACAUCCUGCCGGGCAACCCGGACUUCCCGCGCUUCUCGUCGGGCAUCGGCCUCGAGCUCAUCGCCCUGGGCCUGCACUUCAGCCCCUUCAUCCGCGACGUGCUGUCGAACCGCUACUUCCUCUGGCUCGGCCGGCAGUCCUUCGCCGUCUACCUGCUCCACGGGCCCCUGCUGCGCUGGAUCCUCGUGUGGAUGGUCUACGGCGUGCGCAUCCCGCCCGACGUCACCAACGACAAGGGCGAGGUCGAGCACCCGCACAUCCCCUUCCCGGGAGGCGCCCGCCUGCUCGUCUGCCUGCCCUUCUGGAUCCCGCUCAACUACGGCUGCGCCGUGCUGUGGACCACCUACGUCGACCCCUGGUGCGCCCGGACCACCGAGAGGCUCGUCGCCUACGUCGUCGAGGACCAGGACGAGAAGCACCAGCAGCAAACAGCGGCGACGUACCACCGCCGGUCGCCGAGCAGGGCCAACGGCCGCCAGUCGCAGAGCGGCGCGCCGUUGUUACCUUCAUAA